AUGGGAUCCGAGCGCGAGAACAAGACGUUCCUCGCCCGGCUCUGUGAGCAGGCCGAGCGCUACGAUGAGAUGGUCACCUACAUGAAGGAAGUCGCCAGCAUUGGUGGUGAACUCACCGUCGAUGAGCGCAACCUCCUUUCUGUCGCUUACAAGAAUGUUGUUGGCACUCGCCGUGCCUCGUGGCGCAUUAUCUCCUCCAUCGAGCAGAAGGAGGAGUCCAAGGGCUCUGAGGAGCACGUCACUAUCAUCCGUGACUACCGCCAGAAGAUUGAGACUGAGCUCGAGAAGGUCUGCCAGGACGUCCUUGAUGUCCUAGACCAGACUCUGAUCCCCAAGGCUGAGACUGGCGAGUCUAAGGUCUUCUACUACAAGAUGAAGGGUGAUUACCACCGUUACCUUGCCGAGUUCGCUUCCGGCACCAAGCGCAAGACCGCCGCUACUGACGCACACGAGGCUUACAAGAACGCCACCGACGUUGCUCAGACUGACCUUACCCCCACCCAUCCCAUCCGUCUUGGUCUCGCCCUGAACUUCUCCGUCUUUUACUACGAGAUUCUCAACUCUCCUGACCGUGCUUGCCACCUUGCCAAGCAGGCUUUCGACGAUGCCAUCGCCGAGUUGGACUCACUGUCUGAGGAAAGCUACCGUGACAGUACCCUGAUCAUGCAGCUCCUGCGGGACAACCUUACCCUUUGGACCUCGUCCGAUGGUAACGAUGAGGCUGCCGCUCCCAAAGAGGAGAAGGUCGAGGAGGCUGCCGCUCCCGAGGUCAAGCCCGAGGAGACUCCCGCUGAGGAGGAGUCUUAG